GCCAUGAACUACAUAAUCUCCAUGUUAUAACUUGUUAUAAGGAACUAACAACAAGUCAUACAGAUAUAAUUAAUUACAAGUUCUGCGGAUUCUUGAAUUUAUGGGCAACGUCAUUGAAUCAUUUGCUUCCGGCCUUGGAAAAGCUUUUGGCAAGCUUUUUAAUUCUCCGCUUGAAUUCCUUUCCGGAAAGUCUUGCAGCUCAGUGUGUGGACCAACAUGGGAUUUCUUCUGCUACAUCGAAAAUUUCUGCGUUGCCAAUCUCUUGAGGCUGGCCAUGCUAUUUUUUCUGUUGUACAUUGUUCUGUUGUUCUUCUAUCUGCUGCAUAAAUUGGGCAUAUGUGGAUGUAUUUGUGAGGCUGCUUGCCAAAUUAUAUGGGCUUGUUUCUCUUCUUGUUUCCACAUUUGGGAGUGUUGUUGCUCUUUCUUGUCUCUUAAACUGCACAAGAUCAAAAGGAGAAGAAGAAGGGUUAGAAUACGCGUAAAUCAAAAGUUCUUUUCUGAAACUGGAGAAUAUUACCCUGAUGAUGAACAACUUCCAUACCAUUUUCCAGUAUCUGAAAGGAUAAACGGAUCGUUUUCGCGUAGAAGGAGAGACUAUAAAGGCUCCCACUUAAGGAAGUCUUUAAAGCCCAGAAAAGAUCAUGCUCGAGUUGAAAUUAGUAGAGAUCUUAGUUAUAGAAAUAAAAGGAAUCAUAGCAGUGAAGAUCCUAGUUAUGCAAGUAAUGCCAUCAAGCAUGGCAAUUACAGAGGCACAGUCCAUGAUAUCAAGGUAACAAGUACAUCUAAGUUUGCCAGAAAAGGUAUCAACAAUAAGAAAAGAGUUAUUCUAAGGCGGAGAUGUUAG